GAUAAGGAUAUCAAUUCAAAUUCAAAUUCAAAUUUUUACUAAAAAUUCCGAAAACGAAGUAAAUUUUCAAUAAAAUUAAUAUCAUUUAUGCGAAUUUACUGUUGAAAUCUUUUCCUGAAAAAUGAGUUUUGAAGAAGAAGAAGUAAAGCGGAAAAAUCUUGAAACUUUCAACUUCUCGAUUCCGACGUUGAAAACGAAUAAAAGUUAUGAUUUAGAAAUACCUGUAGAAAUUCCGUUUGGCGGAUCAAUUUCUGAGCUUACUCAACGCCUAAUCACUCAUUUGAAACUGCCCUGUUUUGUGGAAAAAAAACUGCAAUCUUCUUUGGAGGAGUUCAUUCAACGUAAAACCAUACAAUAUCAUGAUGAUGUAGCGAAUAGUGCUAUUGAAAAAUGCCGUUCCAACGAAAUUGACGUUGAAGAAGUAAUUAAAAAAUGGGAAAAGCUCUAUAAAGAAGAAACUGUAGAACAUGGAGAAAAAAGAAGAGCAUCGGAUAGCGAAGUUUUUUCAAACGUUUAUCAUAAACUGGUGCAUUCUGGGCCUGCGUUUCAAACAAUGUUACAAGUCGAACAAUCCUACGCCUUGGCUGUUUCACAUUUAAUGCGUCAGAAAACCGAACAAAUUAAUAAUUUAACUUCGAGGCAAACUGAGGAAAUGAAACGAGCUUUAGAAAAAGUAGAUAAUUGGAGUGGUAAAAUGGGCAGUGAAGCUUAUAUUAAUGAAAUCGUAGCUAAACAUUUUGAAGAUCAGAAUCUAUUACAGGGCCGAUGGAAUAGUGAAAUCGAUACUUUGAAAGAAACCCAGAGACGAGAGUAUCGAGAAUGGAUUAUGAAAUUAUUGGAAGAACAUCAAACAAAUACCGGAUUGUAUUCACCUUCGUCUCCUUCAGAAGUGUUGGCUUUUUCCGAUUCAAAGCCAGAAAGUUCUUUACCACUGAUGGAAGAAAGUUUUACCAUUCAUUUAGGAUCACAAAUGAAGCAAAUGCACAACAUAAGGAUAAUGUCUGCUGAUAUUUUAGACUUUUGUAGGAUGAAAUUGCCAACUAAUGGAAAUUCCGUUAAUCCUUCCCCACACCGACUUCAAACUGCUUUGGGUCUUUACUCGAACGAUUUAUGCGGACUAGUCAUGUUGAAUGAUACCAAUGAUCUUAGUGGUCUGACGGGUUUAGCUAAUGAAUUCGGCGAAGUUUGUGAAAGCUCUACUGAAUUUCACUUUCCUAAUCUUUCGGAGCAGUUGGACAGUUUGAAAACUCAAACGAAAGAUGCGAUCGUUUGGCGAAAUUCCUGUCAGCAUCCUGGUAAUCUAACCACGUCUGAGCAACAAAGUCGAAGAAGUGCCUCGAAGCAUUUACAAACUGGUGAUAUCUUCAUUACCAAACAUUCCAAUUUAUCCUCAGUUCAUAUUAUUUUUCACUUGAUUGUUGAUGACUCUCUAAGAUCAAGUGAUAUUAACUCGAGACAUUCGGCUAUUUUGGGCUUGCGAAAUAUUUUGAAAACUGCUUGUUCAAAUGACAUUACCACUUUAACGAUACCAGUUUUACUAAUGCACGAAAUGACUGAAGAAAUGACAGUAGAGUGGUGUACAAAACGAGCUGAAUUAGUGUUCAAAUGUGUUAAAGGAUUCAUGAUUGAAAUGGCUUCAUGGGGCGGUUCUGAUUUGAAGAAUUUGCAGUUUUUGGUUCCCAAGGGUAUAUCUGAAGAAGUUUUCGGUAGUUUGGCGACAAUGUUACCAAGUAUUUUUCGAGUUUCUAAUCCAUUGAUUUUUAAAGUAUCUUCAACGCCCACGACACCAAAAAAUAAGUGAUAUCGCCGGAAAUGUUGAAAUUAUUCCAUUUCACAAGAUAUUUUGGAAGAACAUCGCAAUCAAGAUGUGCUUCCAUAUUAUUUGCUAGUCAAAAACUAAGUAAUUAUUAUUAUUGAGAAAAAUGUGUUAUGGAUAAAUUUGUGCUGUUCUUCAGAGGAAAUUACCAAAUGAAGAGCAAUCCCUGAGACUUUCAUUCGCCUAUGUGCUUUUAUUUGUGGAAUUCUGUAUCUGCGAGUGGUGAUUAUCUUAAUUGUGAUAGAUUGAUUGAUACAUUACAUUGUAUAUAGAUGUUAGCCUUAAUACUUCUCAACUUUUUAUGUACAUAUUUCGUAUCUGAUGAUAUGUAUGUCUUCCAGUAUUAUUUAUUUUCAUUAUUUUUUUAUAAAUAUUUUCUAGAUUUAAAAAAAUAUUACGCUUAUACGCUCACCAUAUCUUAUUACAUAUGAAUUAUUAUUUUUGCAAUCUGAAAUGUGUUUUUCUAUAAUGAAGUAUUUUUUGAAAAAAUAUAUUAUUUCAAAUCCGUU